AUGAAUGCGACGUCCGUUGCAUCAUCGAGCCAAAUGUUUUCCCCAUUCAGCCAGAAGACGCAAGGCUCGUCGCAGGCUUUCAAUCCUUUUGCUCCUCGGCAGACCGGCGAAGGAGCAUCAUUUGGCCCUGAUGGUGCAGGCGGCUCUAAUGCAUUGAAGAACAACAAACGAAAGCCUGGAUUUGCCACGGAUAGCGAUACCGAGAGGAAAUCGAAGCACAACAACCCGUUCAAAGGCAAAGAUGGGAGCCUGAGCGACAGCGGAAAGCAAUGGAAGAAACGGGGCGAAAACGCAGACAAGGCGGCCGAUCUCAAGAACACCAAGAAGCCGCGCAGUGAUGCAAAGGGGCUGCGGCCGCCGAAAACAAACCAUCGCAGCAACCGUGCGCAGCCUACCACGAGUGCUGAGGAAGACAACACGUCACGUCCGAGUUCGUCUUCUAGUGCAAGCUCUGUCGACGAAUCGCCCGAGGCUGCAUCAAUGCGCACCGCCGACCCAUUCGCAAAGAAAGUAUACGAUCGACUCCGAAAAGAUGGCAUCAGCCCUCCGUCUUGGCCGUCCCAGCCGGGGGACCCCGCAAACAAGGCUGAGAUGGCCAAGUUUAGGGACAAGUACGAGGAGUAUCGCCAGAAAGUGCGCGCGUCUCUAACGAAAGCCGCCCUGAUCGACGAUCCCGAUAAAAGAAGAACGCUCCAGAAUGCUAUCGAUUUUCGAGGAAUCUGUGAAGACAUGUGCCCCGAAUAUGAAAAGAUCACACGAGUCACCGAGGCCGACGUUCCACAGCAUGAAAAGGAUACAAGGACGGGAUUUGCAAAGACAAGUAGGAUGGUGAAGAAGCUGGCGCGUUCAGCCGCCGGACAGGAAGCUCCUCUUCCUAUGGAUGUUCGCUCUACCGCCGCCCUGCGACGAACAAUGGAUUACUUGAUCGACGACUUGCUUCAAGACGACGACAACUUACCGACUUUGCACGGCUUUUUAUGGGACCGAACACGAGCUAUUCGACGAGAUUUCACCUUCUUCUCAUCGCCCACAGCCGACGACUUGAGAACCCAGACCUAUGUGCUGGAGAAUAUUGCUAGAUUCCACGUCACAGCCCUCCAUCUGUUGUCGCAGCCGGGAAAAGCUGGUGAAGACUUUGUGGAGCAACAGGAACUCGAGCAGCUCGGCAAAGCUUUGCUUUCACUCCGGGAUCUCUACGACGAUUGCAAUGCCCAGGGGAUUACAUGCGAAAACGAGGCCGAAUUCCGCGCGUUUUAUCUCCUCUUCCAUGCCCAUGAUUCAAAUACCAUCGAGAUGCUGCAACGACAGUGGAAGCCGCAAUUCUGGAGAGAUUCGGAUGACAUCAGGACCGCAGUAUCACUUGUCGAGGCCUUGCAAAACACUGAUGACUUUCAUGGACCGUUAAGAGCAGGUCCAUCCUUGGCUGCGAGCAACGCUUUCCAUUCAUUCUUCCGAAUCGUGGAGGAUCCUAGUGUAUCAUAUACCAUGGCAUGCUUUGCCGAGUGCCAUUUUCCCCAACUUCGCCGAUCGAUUUUGCGUGCCGUAAAGCGAGCACUAGCCAGGCCCAAGGAUCCAUCAAACGAUUUGACAGCUGCUUCUUUGAACAAGUUUCUACGAUUCGACACGGUUGAACAAGCUAUUGACUUUGCGAAACUCCAUGGCAUCGACGUGGUCCCAGAUCCACAGGCCCCUAUGGAUGUUGCGCAACAGCGUCUGGUCUUGAAUAAUAGAGAACCGCUAUUACACCCCCGACUAACCCAUCAAUUCUCGCAAAAUCUUGUGGAAAAGAAGAGAGGAAGUCGGCCACUACCGGAUGUUAUCCACACAACAAUCCACGAGGACUCAACUGCAUCCUCACAUUUGGGUCCUGGCAGCUUCUUACAGAAUGAAGGCUCUGUUCCACCUCCCUUCUCUACUAAUAACACACCUGCGACGACUAAUCCUUUUGCGCCCGCUAUCACGCCAAUCAAUGCGUUAGAGAAACCUGCGGCACCCACACCACCAUUUGGAGGAAGUACGGCUGUGAAUCCAUUUUCACAAGCGACAACAGCACCUUCUACGAGUUUUCAGGACUCUCAGAAUAAACCAUCACCUCAACCGCAAAUUCAGUCAUCUAGUUUCUUUUCAUCCGUUUUACCUACGGCUCCGAAUGGGAUUACCACUACGCCAAAGAUAUCAUUCGGCUCGCUUGGGGAGUCAAAGCCUGCCUUGUCAGGGCCCUUUGCUUCCAGCGUCCAGUCAUCGGAAGGAAGCAAAUUAUCUAUGUUCCCUACAGCUACAGAUAUUGCACAGGGAUCUUCAAGCCAACCAAAACCCAGCCUAUUUGAUUCUCCAACGCCGGCGCUUGCUCCGUCAAGUCCGAACAAACCGGCGAUAUCUACAAGUGUGUCAGGAUUCCCAGCUUUCUCUGCUUCAACAGGGACGAGCAGCAGCAGCAUAUUGCCCUCCGAUACAAACGUAAAGCCUUCAUUAACUGCGCAAGAGCCGCCCAAGUCAAUAAUCAACUCUACGCCACUGUCGUUUCCUCAGACAAGUGGGGGUUCAAGCAUUUCACCACCAAAUCUUCUUGGCAAUCAAGCGGCCGUAGGAGGGGUAUUGAGCUCACCAUUUUCUGGUUCUUUUUUAAAUUCAGAGAACAAGAAGGCUGUUGAGCCGCCCGCCCAGUUACAGCCAGGCACUUCGCAGCCAUCUUCAGCCGGCUUCCCUGCAUUUAAAUCCCCAACGACAACUCGCUUCGGAGACAAUGCUCUCAGCACUACCCCUACUUCCACGCCUCCCGCUUUAUUCUCUAAGCCUACCUUCCCUCCUGCCCCUACUCCGGCACCCGCGAGCCCUCCACGAGAUCCGCUGGGCGACUUGACGAAGUGGUUUGUGAAUGGAGAUAAGGGGCUGAUGAAUGAGUUCGAGGCUUUCAUGGUAGAAAGCAUCGUUCGGGAUGUCUUUGACAAGUUUCAAAGAGAUGAGGAAGAAAGGUUGCGAAGAGAGAAAGAGGAGCGAGAUAAUGCGGAAGCUAAGAGAUUCCGGAUAUACAACAUUUCCUUGAAAUAUUUCUAUCGGUGGAAGAAGAAUGCCCGCGAGAAACGUCUAAGGCAACUUCGCCGGAGCGGACGCGAGCAAUUCCGAGCAUUUCGCGAAGCUCAAAGAGCGGCGCAGAUCAGAGAAGAGCAGGAAACUGCUCAACGAAUCGCUACUCAAAAAGCCGAGUUGGCCGCUCUUAAUCGCCCAGAUGAGCUAGCAGCUAUAAUACGGAAUAACCAACGAAACAAGAGGAAAGCAGAAGAAGCGCUCCUCGCAUCUGGUGUCUUAUCUGGCGUCACCAACGAACGAAGAGCCGUUUCAGCGAUUUUCCGCAACGAAUAUAGACGGUUAUCGCCUACUCCAUCAAUGAAUGGGAGCCAAGGGAUGCGGUCUCGUUCUGGGUCAGUUGCUGGGUCAGCGAUGAGCAUCGAAGGCGGUUCAAAAACACGAGCUUUGCGCGAGAAGCUUAUGGGGGAAAGGCCGGGUCGAUUUCAACGUACCCUACCUUCUAUAUCAGGCGAUAGCUCUCCGCCAGAGAAAUCACGGACCAGCAAAGUAUCUGAGCGCUGGCGGUUGAAAGCCAUGGGUAUUGUGCAGAUGCCUGAUGGGACUGCUUUACCAGAGUCCAUGGCAGAUGAAAUCCGUCGCGGUUUCAAGAAGGAUACGAGCAGCAGGGCAAGUUCGUUAAUCCGACGAGCAUCAAUCACCAGCGCGGCGUCUGUGCGGCCGCAAAGUCCUCUGGCCUUCAAAUCUCUCGGUGACCGUAACUUCUCGGAUAACUCGCUUACCAUGAACCAUAAAAGAAAACGGUCUAUGGAGAUUGACGACGAGAUAGCCAAAGAGAGCAUCGUGGAUGCAGACCCGCACAAACGCGUCAUGAGUGAUGCCGAUAUUCUAUUACAAGAACUUAGAGCAAUGCGCCAAGAGAUGGAGGAGGGCACGACGUGGUUCAAAUCACAAAACGGGAGGUUACAAAGUGAAAUAAUGAGCAGAGGGGGGACGCCAAUGGACGAAAGCGGCAUAUGAAAGGGAAAAAAAAACAAGAAGAAGGUAUAAAAACACCAAAUUCUUCCGACAUUG